GAUCUCUCUCUAUCGGUCAGGAGGACGUUAGUGGGACGUUUCUCCCUCCAUCCCCUCCAUGUGAUUCAGUCGCUCCUUCCCAUCAUGGUGUGAACGGCAGCUGCUUCACCCUCCGCAAACCACCAACCCCCCCAUCUACUCCUCCUCUUUCUCUCUACGUGCGCGCGUGUGUGUGUGUAAGUGAGCGUGUGUGUUUGUGUGUGUGUGUGCAGGAAGACGAAGCGGCAGGCAGGAGGAGGCACCAAGGACGUCCUUUUUCCAGCCCUGGGAGCCGGAGAUGCGAGGGACGAGCAGUUAGAUUAGCCUGUGCUGCUGUUGCCUGCUGCAGGAUAACUUUGGUUCCAGAGGGUGCUGCAGCCGCAAGCUCUGCUCUCCUCAUCCUUGGCUUGGUGUGUGAGGAGGAUUUCAGCCAGUCGCCGGACGGAGAUCUGGCUACAAAGGACUUCUACUUUUCUGUUACUAUUGAAUGUAACAUCGCUCAGACAAGGAAGGCAAGGAAUUAAAAGCCAUCAUCAUGAAUUUCGUUAUGAAACAAGCGUUGGGAGGGGCCACCAAAGACAUGGGCAAGAUGCUUGGUGGGGAGGAGGAGAAGGAUCCCGAUGCUGCGAAAAAAGAGGAAGAAAGACAAGAGGCGCUGAGGCAACAGGAGGAGGAGAGGAAGGCCAAAUAUGCAAAAAUGGAAGCAGAGAGAGAAAACAUCCGACAGGGCAUCAGAGAUAAGUAUGGCAUCAAGAAGAAGGAGGAGAAAGAGGCCGAGGCAGCGGCUGCUAUGGAGCAGGCCUCCGAGGGCAGCCUCACCCGUCCAAAGAAGGCGGUUCCCACCGGCUGCGGCGACGAGGAAGAAGAGGAGAGCAUCGUGGAUACGGUCAUGAAAUUCAUCCCGACCCCGCUCAUGGAUAUGUUCAAUAAAAAGUAACAGUGUUUUGGGUGAAAUAUGAUUAACUUCAUCUAACCAAGACUACUGCCGUACCGCCCUGCCCUGCCCAAACCUGCAGUCACACUUUUCUCCACCCUCCCACUCCUUCAACACAACUUCUAAGUGUCCUGGAGUUGAGCAAUGUGCCAUGACUUUGCCCUUGGUUUAAAAUAUCUGAUGGUGAUACGUACUUCUUAAUCUCUCAUACAGAGCAUCUUCCUUGAUAUCUAUCUCUAUUUUCAAAGUAUGUAACACCUACACAGAUCUUUACUUCAAGGCAAGUCUUAUGCCAUGUUUUCAAAAUGUCAGGCACUUAGAAUAAGAUCAGAUAUCACCCAUCAUCCACCCUUUUUGUUUGUAAAUAGCCUCGGGUUAUAAAAAAGAGAACUAUAUAUGAGUGAAAUAUGACAUAUAACAAGAUGACUAAGAGUAUAAGCCAUAUUUUUAACUUUUAAGAAAUUAUCCAAAUCAUAUCAAAAUUUGAUUAAAUUUUCCUGUUCUGUUCUUGCUAAUAUUUGAUACAUACAGUGUAUAUAAAUACUUACAUUUUUAUUAGUUCUCCGCUGUGAGGAUUCACCCCUGUUCACCCUGUCUUUCAUGUUCUCAUUGGUUUAUCGUGAAUGUGUAAUAUGAGCACUGGUACAGUGGAAACAACUCCUGUAAGACCAGAAAGUGAAGGAAAUUCAUUUGAAAUGAGAAUUUUCUUUGUUUUGUUUUGUCUGGUUUCCUUUUUUAAAGCAUGCAGUAAACUUUUGUGAAGUAAAGUACACACAUGGAAACCAUUUCAUUUGUUACGAUGAAGCGAAAUACAUUGAUAUUUGAGGCAAUAACUGGUUUUCCAUUUUUAUUUGAUUGACAUCUCGUCCACCAUGUGCAUUAGGCGACAAUUGACUUUGUGUCUGAAAUGUUCUUCCAUGGGGAAAACUAUAAACGUUCUCCAUACAUGAAGUUUGUCUCAAAGCAGUUAAGUAAAAUUCUUACUCUAAAUUUACUUGCUCUACAUGUUUGUGGUUUGAACAUUCAGUUUUAAUGUCCUGUGGCAGGUGUCGCUCGCUCUGCUUCUGCAGUAGGACGUGUAAAUCUUAGACCAGGCUAGUUAUUUUUAUGUUGACAUCUCCAUCAAAUUUUUUGUAGAAAAAAAGAAACUUCACAAACGCAACUAUGUUGUGAACACACUAUAUGUGAACAGACAGUGACAAUAGUGCAAUAUAUUGUUCUAAAUGAAGUUGUCCUGUGUCCGUUGGUUAAACUGAUGGGAGUGAAGUCCCAAAUCAGCAAUAACAGACAAUCUUCAUUGUUGUGUGUUUAAAUUUACUCCUUAAUGUGUUAGUCGACAUUAAAGGCACGGAUGUGUCUGCAUAGUGACAGUAAAGCCUUUGUAGGUCAGACAUGUUUCAUCAAAAAAAGAGAAAAGGGGGGACGGUGGGACGAUUUGUUUUGUGUCGUAAAAAAUGUUCAGUCACAUGAUACAUAAUCAUGAGCACUUGCAGGAUUUGUGUUUGAAAUGACAAAACUAAAAGGCAAAUCAAACUGCAGGUUUUAAAAGGCAGACUUUAACAAUACAUGAAGAAAAAGGUCCACACGUGUUUGGAUAUUUUUGAAAACAGAUGAUUUUCUUGCACCUUUCUGUGUUUACAAAAUUUCUCUGUCCACACUGAAACAACCUCAGUCGCUCGCCAAGUCCAUUCCACAAGCUCUCCUACCUUUUUAAUCUAAUAAACUGGCAAAAUAUAAAAGGAAAUUUUAUUAUACCUUUAUUAAACAGAAAAAUACAACUAUACACCUUCUAAAUUCAAGUUUCUCUUUUUUACUGAAUUAAUGUUAAUUACCUUGUUGACUCAUUGUAAAACUCUGUGUUUCUGUUGUUCCAACAAUCACCAAUUUGGUUUUGAUGGAAAAUUCUAAUUAUUCAUGGACUUAGAUGUGAAAUUAUGCUGGCUCUACAUGCUGCAGACCACAAAAUCAACAAAAUAAAAUGACAUCCAUUUUACACUCCCACACGAAUCCAAAGUGAUGGAGUUUUGAAAAUCUGCACCUUAGAAGGCAUUUUCCAAAACCUUAGUGACCUAAAACUCAAAGAAAAUUUCCAUUUUCAAAAAUAUCCAUAUAUGUGUAAAGAGGACCUACAAAGCCCUGAGUGAAAUCUCCAUGACCAAUACAACAGAAAAUGUUUACCUGCUCUAGAGUCCAGUCUGUCCUGCUGGUAAAUGUAAUGGCACAAACAUAAAGGGGGUCAUAUGAGGAUAAAAUCACAUUUUUCUCCAUAUGCCUUGUUUUUUUAUUUCUCCGUCAUUCCACAGUGUCUUGUUAAAACAUUCCAGAUAUUUCAGACAUUCCACCAGACUUGUGCUGGUAACACACAAACUUAGAUAUUUACAGCCGGCCUCAGCCGAUGCCUUCUUUAGCCUACAAUUACACCAUGGUGAAACUUCAAUUUGAUGUUGUUAUAACCUGAAAAUAGAGACUAGAAUGAAUUGAAUAUACAUAUGAAGAUUAGUGACUUGAACAAGUAGGCUAAAAGUUACAUUAGCUGCCAUGUACAGAAAAAAAAAAUCCCACAUGAAGUUUACGGGAAAGCAUAAAUGUGCUUUUAGCAGAAAUCAGUUGAAUCUUGUGAUACAAUUUUGUUAGAAAACAUUUUUGUGAUUCACAUGAGCACAGUAGCUGUAGGCGUGAUUAAGGUUUCUAAAACCAGCUUUUUCGCCACGUUGCCACUGUUUUUAUUGAGCUAGCUGAACAUGAAAUAAGGCUAAUUCCGAACUCGUGCAUUCCUGUGGCAUAGAUGAGGGAAAUUUAGCUUUUUUGGCUUUGUGAGCUUUGUAAUCAUGUUGAACAUAUAUAUAUUAAAAAAACAUACAACGGCACAGUGUGGCCUCCUGUAGAGCACAUUUAUUGAGCUUUCUGUGAUUUUAUUGUACUUGUAAACUGCCUUUGCUAGCCGUUCAUGUGUUAGCAAAUUGUUAGCAACUGAUUGUUGUUUACAGUUAGUAUCCACAACACUCCCAUCCAUUAACAGAGCAGUUAUCCAAUCAAACCAAAGAAUAGUGCUGGUAGUAGUAGGUUUAGUCAAGAGUUUUCAUUCUAUUUAUUUAGUGCAUCGUACUUAUUUUGAAAUUCUCAGGUAUUUUAACUUUGAGUUUUACUAGAGGUUUGAACCAUAACUAGCCUUCUCUUAGCGUAAUUAGCCUUCUCUGCUAAAAAUUGAACAAUUCCAUUGCUAAGGGCCUAGCCAGCCUACUCCAACUUUUAUUUAUGAAUGACAUAUCUCUUGUUUGGCCUAAGAAUAUUCCAGAAAGCUAUGAUUACUGCCCAGUCAACCCAAGUAGAGGACUUUCCCAGCGACAAAACCUUAGUAAACAUUGUCAAUGUGUGAAGUUCUUCAGAGCACCAGUCUCCAAACUGGUGUUCUGAAAUCACAUCACCUCAUGCAUCUCAUCCACCAGCACCAUCAUAAACCAUUUAUCAAUAUCUUGUAUAUGCUGAUUGAUUGCGCUCUAAAUGGCUUAUUGACCACUGCCCAAACCAACUGCCCAAGUCAUGCGUAAUCAAUAUUUAGUCGUCCAGUAGACUCCUUGUCUGAAAUCCAUUCCAGUGUUCAGUCGCUCAUUUGUGCCGCUCAUACAGCCAUUAAUAUGAUUAAAAAACUGCCUGAAAAAUUUAACACUUAAAAAAAAAAAAUACUCCUUUGAUGUGACUUGAAUGUAACUGUCUGAUGUUUCUCUCUCCUUGCAUCUGUCUUUCUCUGUUCUGUACGUGUUGAGAAGAUGCUUACUCUCGUGCAGUAUUUUUCUUUCUUGUUUGUAGCUGGUCCUGUUUCUGUCCUCUGGUGGUUGGUAUUUUGAAAAAAAAAAAUUGCAUUCUUUUGUACUGCGAAAUCUUCUCACCCUUCUCCCUCCUCUCUCUCUCUAUCUCCCUAUUUGUUGACGAAAUGUAUGCAUGCUUAUGGUGUGCGAUGUAGGCAAGGUUGUUGAUAAUCGUUUCGUGUCUUCUCUGUGUUUCAAAGCUCCACCUGUUAGCCUCACUGCAUGCCAUUUUAGACAGAUAUUUCAGUCUGUAACUUUCCUGCAAAAAUGGAAUCACCGCACACUCUGAGAAUAAAGUGAUUUCAUAUAAUU